UCCCGCCCUUCCACGCUCCCGCUCCGUCCCCGCCGCGCCGCCGUACCCGCCUCAGCGGCCCCCCCCGGCCCUCACCUCCGUCCCUCCUUCCCGGUGGGGUGCGGGAGCCAGCGGCGCGCGCCCCCGGUUGCCGGUGCUGUCUCCUCCCUUCACAGCCCGCCGCCAUGCUGGCCGCCAGCGCCUCUCUCCUCCGCCGCUGCGCCGUCUCCGGCCUCCGCGCCGCCGUCCGCCGGCCUGCCGGCCCAGCAGCUGUGCUUUCUGCUCGCUGCUACUCUCACGGGUCACAAGAGUCAGAUGAAGAAUUCGAUGCUCGCUGGGUGACGUAUUUCAACAAGCCAGAUAUCGAUGCCUGGGAGCUCAGGAAAGGCAUCAACACACUGGUGGGCUACGACCUGGUCCCGGAGCCCAAGAUCAUCGACGCGGCUCUGAGGGCCUGCAGACGGUUAAAUGACUUUGCCAGUGCUGUCCGCAUCCUAGAGGUUGUAAAGGACAAGGCAGGACCCCACAAGGAAAUCUAUCCUUACGUUAUCCAGGAGCUUAGACCAACUUUGAGUGAACUUGGAAUCUCCACUCCAGAGGAACUGGGCCUGGACAAAGCAUAAACCUUGUUGGUGGAUCACUCAAGCGUUCUGCUGAUGCUACCAGAUUGUACACAGUCACUUGGAGAGCCAAACUUUAAAUCUUACUUGACAUAACUUCUUCCUUUAUUGAGUCACAGUGGAAGUGCUGUGGAGUUGGGCCUAAUAAAGGAAAACCUGGUUUGACUCA